AGGUAGUUUAUUGUUUCUUUGCGGAACUCUAUAAAUAGUUUAGUCUAUGAUUAUGAAGAGAGAUUACAUUUUUAAAUUCUAAAGUGGAAAAAAAGGAAAAUUAUAAGUAAAGUCGAUGUCCACCAAUAAAGCUUUUAAUAAGGCCAAAAUAACCCAAUCCACCAAUCCUGUAUAAUAGUUGUCUAAAUCUUUAAUAAUCCAAAUCUUCUUUUCUCCUAUAUGAUUGUCUCUCUCCUCCGGGUUCUCUCUCUGAGCCACAUACCGACACUUACAUAACUGUUGACCCCAGUCCUUCUUCUUUCUUCUUUCUUCUUUAUUCAGAUCAUGCAACCUUCAAGAACAAGAGUUCCAUUUUUCGAAACAGAAGCAAUCAUCAUGAAGCAGAGGAAGAAGAGUAGUAAUCUCUCAGUCUUCGUAAUCAUCGUCACAUCCCUUUUCCUCUUGGCGAUCUUCAUGUACAAUGACAACCUCAAAUCCUCCAUCGCUGACUUCUCUUUCUCAGCCUCCAUGAAGCUAAAGAAUUUUCAAGAAUCGAUCAAGAACGUGCCACUGGAGGAGUGCGAUCUCUUCACGGGAGAAUGGGUUUUCGACAACAAGACACAUCCAUUGUAUAAAGAGGAAGAGUGUGAGUUCUUGACGGAACAAGUGACCUGCUUAAGAAACGGUAGGAAAGAUUCACUGUAUCAGAACUGGAGAUGGCAACCUAGAGACUGUUCUUUACCAAAAUUCGAAGCAGAAGUGUUACUAGAGAAGCUGAGGAACAAGAGAUUGAUGUUUGUCGGUGACUCCCUGAACCGGAACCAAUGGGAAUCAAUGGUUUGUUUGGUUCAAUCAGUGAUUCCUCCAGGUAGAAAGAGCUUAAACCGGACCGGUUCUCUCACUGUUUUCCAAAUCCAGGAAUAUAACGCAACGGUGGAGUUUUAUUGGGCGCCAUUUUUGGUGGAAUCGAAUUCAGACGAUCCGAAAAUGCACAGUGUAAUCGACCGAGUAAUAAUGCCCGAGUCCAUCGACAAGCAUGGAGUCAACUGGAAAGGCGUUGACUUUCUUGUCUUCAAUAGUUACAUUUGGUGGAUGAACACUUUCUCCAUCAAAGUCCUACGUGGAUCGUUCGAUGAUGGGGACACAGAGUAUGAUGAGAUCAAACGGCCAAUAGCGUACGAGAGGAUGUUGAGGACAUUGGGGAAUUGGGUGGACCAUAACAUUGAUCCUUUAAGUACAACUGUUUUCUUCAUGAGCAUGUCUCCUCUUCAUAUCAAGAGCUUAGAUUGGGGUAAUCCUGACGGUAUAAUGUGUGCUUUAGAGACAACACCGAUCUCAAACAUGUCUUUCAACGUUAAGCCGGACUAUAUGCAGUUUUCGGCUGUGGGGACGGAUUACAGACUGUUUUCGGCUGUGGAAAACGUCACGCAGUCUCUCAAAGUUCCUAUUCAUUUCCUCAACAUCACUGCAUUGUCCGAGUAUCGUAAAGAUGCACAUACUACGGUUUAUACGAUCAAGCAAGGCAAAUUGCUGACGCGGGAUCAGCAAGCCGAUCCAGCCAAAUUUGCUGAUUGCAUCCAUUGGUGCUUACCGGGCCUCCCCGAUACUUGGAAUGAGUUUCUUUAUACACACAUUGUUUCUCAAAGAUGAUAUUAUUUGGAUGCUUUCAUCCUUUUUCUGGUAUAGGACAAAAAUCUAUAGAGUUUGAAGUUGGAGCCAAGUAUGCCAUAGAAUUAUUUGUGAACUAGGCUAAAUUUUUUUGUUGAAUAAAGUGUACAUUAUACACAGGGAAACAUAAAUAUUAUAAUUACAAUAAAUGACAAGAUUAGUAGGUGUGUUUUAUCA